AUGUAUCUUCGGACAAAUUUUGUGCUGGCUUCGCUCGCAUCCGCAGUGCUGGGUCAGCAUGUCUCGGAUCUCGGUGGUGAUGAAUGGACUGUUAGCAGCAAGAAGCUGAACAUCACAGUCCCCGGGCGGCUUCCCUCGCAGGUGCAUCUGGAUCUGUAUGCCAGCAAGGCUAUCGAUGAUCCUUACUACGGGCUGAACGAUUUCAAUCUACGCUGGAUUGCCAACAAUAACUGGACCUAUACAAGCAAACCCCUCCGUGAUCUGUCGAAAUCCUCAAAAUCCUCAUGGCUUGUCUUCAAUGGGCUCGACACUUUUACAACAAUCGAGUUCUGCGGAACAUUGAUUGGGACCACGGAUAACCAGUUUCGCCAAUACACCUUUGACAUCUCCAAGGCUGUGAGCCAUUGCCACCGCGACCCGGUCUUGAGUCUCAACUUUGGCAGCGCGCCGAAGAUUGUCAAUGCCAUGGCUGCAGACCCCAAGGCAGAAAAGUGGCCUGAUGUUGUGCAGCAGACAUUCGAGUUCCCAAACCGCUGGUUCAUGCGCAAAGAACAAUCGGACUUUGGCUGGGAUUGGGGCCCAGCCUUCUCGCCUGCGGGUCCGUGGAAAGAUGCCUAUCUGGUGCAGUUUGAGCGCGAAGCAGAGGUAUAUGUCCUGAACACAGAUCUGGACAUUUACCGCAAAGGCCAGAUCAAUCAUAUCGCCCCGGAUCAGAGCCAGCCAUGGGUCGUGAACGCGAGCAUCGACUUCCUUGGCUCUCUUCCCCGCGACCCCUCUAUGACCGUUGAGAUUAAUGAUGCCGAGUCGGGGAAAACGCUCAAGUCAGGACCGGUUCAUGAUGUAUCCGUGGUUAACAAGACCAUUACUGGCCACCUCGCUAUCGAUCCUAAUGCACCGAAACUGUGGUGGCCCAAUGGUCUGGGCCAGCAGAACCUCUACAAUAUCACUGUCACUAUCCGGGAUAAACAAAAACACGAACUUGUCAAAGUAUCCAAGAAGAGUGGUUUCCGCACCAUCUUCCUCAACCGAUCCAACAUCACCGAGGCGCAACGGGCCCAAGGAAUCGCCCCUGGGGCAAACUGGCACUUUGAAGUGAAUGGCCAUGAAUUUUACGCAAAGGGCUCGAACUUUAUUCCGCCCGAUGCUUUCUGGCCACGAGUCACCGAAGCAAAAAUGCAACGGCUAUUCAACGCCAUCGUGGCGGGAAACCAGAAUAUGCUGCGGGUCUGGGCAUCGGGUGCGUAUCUCCCAGACUUCAUAUAUGAUCUGGCCGACAAGCACGGCGUGCUGCUGUGGAGUGAGUUCCAGUUCGGAGAUGCGCUGUAUCCUGUGAAUCAGGAGUUCUUGGAGAAUGUGGCAGGUGAAGUCACGUAUAAUGUUAGGCGAGUCAACCAUCACCCGUCACUGGCUUUGUGGGCCGGUGGAAACGAGAUAGAAAGCUUGAUUCUGCCCGCCGUCAAGCUAGUCGAUCCGAUCCGAUAUCCCAAAUACCUUAAGGAGUAUGAGAAGCUCUUUGUGAGUUUGAUUCUGCCUUUGGUAUACGACAACUCGCGGUCGAUCUCAUACCAGCCCAGCAGCACGACCAACGGCUAUCUGGAGGUCAAUCUGUCCGCACCAGUCCCCAUGGUUGAACGCUACGACAACACGCCCUCGGGCUCGUACUACGGCGACACCGACUACUAUCACUACGACAGCAAAGACGCGUUUGACACCUCGAAAUAUCCCGUCAACCGCUUUGCCAACGAAUUCGGCUAUCACAGCAUGCCAAGUCUCCAGACGUGGCAGCAGGCCGUCGACCGCAAAGACCUGGACUUCAACAGCAAGACCGUCCUGCUUCGAAACCACCACUACUCCCCCGGUGGCACAAGCACCAACGACACCGGGCCGUCCUCUAAGGGCAUGGACCAGAUAACCACGGCUGUGAAGCGAUACUAUCCCGUCCCGCACAAGAACGAGUCCGUCGCCGAGUUCAGUGCCUGGUGCUUCGCCACCCAGCUCUUCCAGGCCGACGUGUACAAAUCGCAGAUCCAGUACUACCGGCGCGGCAGUGGCAUGCCCGAGCGUCAGCUCGGGUCCUUGUACUGGCAGCUCGAGGAUAUCUGGCAGGCGCCCUCGUGGGCGGGGAUCGAGUACGACGGCCGCUGGAAGGUCCUCCACUACGUGACCCGCGACAUCUACCAGCCUGUUAUUGUUUCUCCGUUCUGGAAUCUAAUAAAGAAUGACCUCUCCAUCUAUGUCACGUCGGACCUGUGGCAGUCUGCCCGCGGCUUUGUGAAUCUCACCUGGGUCGAUCUGUCUGGUAAGCCCAUCCCGGACAAUGCGGGCACCCCCCGAACCAAGAGCUUUAAAGUCGGAGCUCUGAAUACCACCAAGAUUUAUGACACCCAUUUGUCCAAGCUCUCUCUUCGAGACAAGAAAAAUGCUGUUCUGCUCAUGUCUCUCACUGCACACGGCCACCUCCCGAAUUCUAAGCAUUCGCCUGUCUCUACUUUCACCCACCAUAACUAUCUCACGCCCGCCUAUCCCAAAGACCUCGAUCUUGUGGACCCGCAGCUCCAGCUUUCUCACGACGUUGAGUCAGGCACAUUUACCGUUGAAGCGAAGAAGGCCGUCUCGUUCUAUACGUGGCUCGAGCAUCCGGCUGGCGUGGUCGGAUACUUUGACGAGAAUGCAUUCGUGCUAGCUCCAGGAGAGAUGCGCAAGAUCCGGUUUGUCGUCCAGAAAGAUGAAACCGGUGGCAAGUGGGCUCAUGGUGUGACGGUGCGGAGUCUAUGGGAUCAGACGACCAAGACAUGA